AUGCCUCGUAAAGUUAAUUAUGGAGUUGAUUAUGAUGAAGACUAUGAUAUCUAUGAAGAUUUCAAUGAGAAUUAUGAUUAUGACUUAGAAGAAAAUGGUGAUGCACCCGAGACAAAAUCAAAGCAAGAAACUAUCAAGCCUGGGGUUUGGCGUUGCCCCAUUUGUACUUAUGACAAUGAAGAUGACAUGUCUGCAUGUGACAUAUGUGGGGUUCUACGUAAUCCGCUGGUUAAAAAUUACAGUAACAGCCAUAUGAAUACAGUUGAUGGCAUAUGCAAAGAUUCUGGAGCAUCCAUGAUGGCCAAGUCUCUUUUUGCAUCAUUGCCGCAUCGGACCCCCAAAAAGGCUGUAAUCUUUCGACCACGGAAUGAUGUUUUUUUGACAGCAGAGGGCUUUAACUUCCACAAGCUUGAAAAUAUCCAAGGACAUUUUCAUGAUUUCCAUAAGGCUGUUAGCUCUCAAAACCAUCACAAGCUUAAUAUAGCUAAUCUUGACAAGUUAUCAUCUUCUGAUGUUCAAUCUCAAGUAAAGGUGAAGAAUAGUGAACUAGAGUCAAGCGCUGAAAGGUCUGAUAGCUCUUCACUAUCUUUGUCAAAAGGAAGACAUAAUGAUGAGGAGAAGAGUGAUUCUUUAUCGGUGAGUGGGGCCAAGCAACAAGGUCUUUCUAGUAGUAUGAAUAGUAUGUCUUUAUCUACCAAAUCUGGAAGCUCAAAGAAUGUCAGCGAGGGAAGAACUAUAUCAAAAUCACAGUAUAGACCUGAGAAGUGGAUGCUACCUGACCAAGUAGAAAAUAGAUUGAAUCAACUUAAUCUCGCCAUUGUUGGUCAUGUUGAUUCUGGGAAGUCAACACUCUCUGGAAGGCUGCUACACCUUUUGGGGCGAAUAUCCCAAAAAGAAAUUCACAAAUAUGAAAAAGAGGCUAAAUUACUAGGGAAGGGGUCCUUUGCUUAUGCAUGGGCAUUGGAUGAGAGCGCUGAAGAAAGGGAAAGGGGGAUAACAAUGACGGUGGCUGUUGCUUAUUUCAAUACAAAAAAAUAUCAUGUUGUUCUGCUUGAUUCCCCGGGUCAUAAAGAUUUUGUGCCAAACAUGAUAUCUGGUGCAACUCAGGCAGAUGCGGCAAUUCUUGUUAUAGAUGCUUCAAUUGGUUCAUUCGAAACAGGUAUGGAUGCUACUGGAGGGCAAACAAGGGAGCAUGCACAACUUAUUAGAAGUUUUGGUGUUGAUCAAAUUGUAGUUGCGAUUAACAAAAUGGAUGUUGUGAAAUAUGCUAAGGAACGUUUCGAUAUGAUAAAACUGCAACUUGGAACCUUUCUUCGCACUUGUGGCUUCAAGGAUUCUUCUGUGUCAUGGAUUCCCUUGAGUGCCAUGGAAAACCAAAAUUUGGUGGCUGCUCCUUCAGAUGUACGAUUAUUUUCCUGGUGUCAGGGACCUUGUCUACUGGAUGCAAUUGAUUCUCUCCAAAAUCCUGCAAGAGAUUACUCAAGGCCCCUACUGAUGCCCAUUUGCGAUGUCAUCAAAUCCCAAACACAAGGGCAGGUGUCCGCAUGUGGAAAAUUGGAGGCUGGAGCUCUUAGAAGUGGCUCUAAGGUUCUAGUUAUGCCAUCUAGAGGCAUAGGGACAGUGCGUUCCGUGGAGCGUGACUCUCAGGUUUGUAGUAUUGCAAGAGCUGGUGACAAUGUGGGUGUCAGUCUACAAGGCAUCGAUGGGAGUCAUGUGAUGGCCGGUGGUGUGUUGUGUCACCCUGAUUUUCCAGUUGCAGUUGCAAACCAUUUGGAAGUGAAGAUUCUGGUUUUGGAUAUUACGACCCCAAUUCUUGUUGGCUCUCAGUUGGAAUUUCACAUACACCAUGCAAAGGAGGCUGCCAGGGUAGUAAAGAUAUUGUCAUUGCUCGAUCCAAAGACUGGAAAGGUGACAAAGAAGGCACCACGAUUUCUGAUGGCAAAGCAGAGUGCAGUAGUGGAGGUGGCUCUUCAUGAAGCGGUUUGUGUGGAAGAGUAUUCUACUUGUAGAGCUCUUGGGAGGGUUUUCCUUAGAUCAUCAGGAAGAACUGUUGCUCUUGGUGUUGUAACCCGAAUAAUAAAGGGGCAGGAAUAG